UAAAAUGUAGUUGACAAUGUUCUGUUUUCUGACUGAGUCUCUUGCUUCAACCAGAAGUCGUUUCUGGGUUGUAUCUGUGACACAGCCUGCUGUGUAAUUCUGACUUUAAGGUUAAAGCUUCUUUAUUUAUCAAUGAGUUCAUUUGGUAUUGUGACACUGACAUCAACCUGUCUUUGUUUUUAAUUUUAAAAAAAUAUAUUUUUUUAACCAAAUCAUCACAUCCAUGUUGACUAUUUCAACAGGUUGGUUUCAACAGUAGGUUUGUUGCUGUUCCCUAAUUGUUCCUAAAUUAAUUUGUUAAUGAGUUUGAAAGACAUUCUGGAUAAUAACGAAUUGCAGAAGUCAGUGGAGUUGUGCAUGUGUAAAUGCAUUGACAAUGUAUUUGACAGCAGUUUGCAAACACUCAGCUGCUUGUUUACAUCUUAAACACAUACUAUCUUAAAGAACAAGGCAGCAAUUGUUGAAAUGUGAAUACAUGUUUUUGCUUUGCACAGAAGCUUAUGAUUCACUGGAACUGCAAAUGUUAUUUGGUAAUAAUCAGUUACGGAAGUAGGCUAUAUUUGAUCUUUUUUUUUUUUACAUAGUUUUCUUACUGGUCAAUUUGACACAACUUUAUGGAGUUUUUUGUGUUUUUAUAAUAUGUAAAAAAACCAAACACUUGUUGGUAGGGUAAUAGGGUCACCAUCACCAUGUUUUAUUGAACUAGUCAAAGAAAGAAAGACAGAAAGUUGUUGGCUGUGUGGUUUGUUUUAGGAAUGGAUUGUUGGUAUAUUUCUGGAUAUUGUUUUUUGAUCUUGCUUGUAGGGCUCAUGUCUGCUGUGUCAGUGAUGAUUGUGGAGCACACGGCAUGGAAAGGAACAUCGGAGACCAGCUCAAUAAAGCUUUUGAAGCUUAUCGCCAGGUCUCCAUUGAAAAGGACAAUGCUAAAAAGGAGCUGCAGCAGAUGGCUGAAAAAUACGAGCGCUACACUCAAAAACUUCAGAAGCAGAUAGAGGACCAGCAGCAGGUGAUUUUAAAACUUGAAGCUAAGUUAUCAGCAACAAGACAAACAUCAGGAGAGAUGAAAUGUGAGCCUUGCAACCAUCUCCUCGAGGGGGUCAGUGCUUUUAGAAAAACACAGUACUCGGAGAAUAUGGGCACUGCUGCCGUUACAACUAAAAUGCCUGGAAACAGCAGCGUUAACAAUCAGGACAUGCUUGGUGCAUUUGAAGCCAUUCAAGGGAAAUUCCGGCAGAUUCAGUCGCUAACCAGAAGACAAAAAGAUCACCUAAAAAGAUUCCAUGGAAGAAGUGAUACAUCAAGCGAUCAGCAGUUCUCCAUGCCCAUCCAGUGCACAGACCGCACAGCGGAGGCAGAGAGACCCUUCUCCACGGCUCUGAGGUCAGCAGUGGAAGUCCCGCUCCCACCCACGUCUCUGGCGUCUCGUGGCGCCAGCCCGGAGGACAGAGACUUUGUAGACUCUCUCAACAAACUUAGCGUCAAAUUCCCGCCCCCUGCAGACAGUGAAUACGACUUCCUGAACAGCGCUCCAGAGAGACACAUCGGCCUGACCGCGCCCCCGAAGCAACCUCUCGGCGGCAGCGGCGUGCCCUCCACACUGACGGAGGAGGAGCCCGUCGAUCUGCCCAUGUCUUUUGUCUAUCCUCCAUCCCCCUCCCACUCCACAUCAUCCUCGCUCUCCCAGGAGGGCGUGUGGGGACCUCAGCAGCCCCUCUGGAGCCCUGAGCUGAGCGAUGCGGGCAACGUGUGGACUGAGCUGGCUCCCGAUAAAUGUGCUUUUUGCCACGCUGUGGUUCCUCAGGGCCGAAUGAACAGCCACCUCUACUCGCAUUUCUCGCCCAAGAAUGAAGCCGAAGACUGACAUUGGAAGCAGAGACUGACGGGCGAAGGCCUCAAGUACUCCUCACAGUAUUCAUGGUCUAGUCCUGCCUGCCACGAGUUAUAUGCGCUGUAAUGGAUUUUUAAAGACAUUGCAAUAAGACUUGAAUACAUUUAUUUAAUACUGAAGAAUUGAAUGGUACACUUCUUUGCCCAUUAUAUUUUUCUAAUAUCGUGCUGAGGUUUUCCUCUAGUUCUGAGUGAAGAUGAUGCAUUUUAUGGUAUAUAUGAGCAAAUAAAGCCAACAUUUACUCUCUUAUUGAAUGUUUUAACGCUUUCAAAAAAUAUAUGAAAAUAUUUCAAUAGAUGUAGGCUACAUACGGUGGAUAUAAUGUGCAUUUAACUUUCUUAAACAUUUUCAUACUAUUGACUUUUUAAAAAUGUAUUUACAACGAGAAUUUUCUGAUUGGCUUUAAAGAAAUAUAUAUUUUAAAAUAAUUUCUCCCUCAUUUGUAAGGGGUAAUGCUAUCUUUAACACUUAUAAAUCAUCAUAACAUUUUAAUGCUUUAUGUCGUUAUUAAAGCAGGCAACACAGAUGGCUACACAUAUCAUUAAACACCAGCUUAAUGUUUAGUUGGAUGCCCAAAAACUUGAGUGUUUAUGUAGUUCUGUUUUUUAAUUUUUUUUACCUUAGUUCAAAUUCAACUUCAUUCAAUAGAAAAAAUCAACAUGUAACCACAUGAUUUGAAAUAAUUAUGAAGAAAGACGAUGUGUCAAUGUGCAUCUUCUACAGUUCAGUACCUUACAUUCGACUAAACCCGGGUCUUUUCUAUACAGGAGCAUCAGCUUUUGCAGUAUUUAUUCACACCUCCACAAACAAUUGCAGUGAUUUCCAGCAUUCAGUGUGAGGAUGUUUGAGGGAAAAGGAGACCCUGUGUGUUGGAGCAUUGUUGUUGCAGAGAAGACCUCGCAGCCCUUCUGCUAUGGGUUGGUAACACUUGUGGUGGGUAGAUGAGCUGGUGUGAAGACUGCAAACAACCUUUUUUUUCCCCUUCAAAAAAAAAGUGUUGGCGUGUUAUAACUGACUACUCAUAAUCGCAUACUUCUAAGAGUACUGAUUGAUUUCUAUCUUAACCGGUAUGUAGUGCUGAGCAUUUCUCUAUGUUUCAGAAAUAGCUUUAAGGUGUGUGUGUAAAAAUGUGAUGAAGUAAUGCUAUCUAGUCUACCAAACCACAACACAUAAUAACACAUCGUCUGCAUACAAGUAGUAUUCAAUCUUGUCAGAUGCGGCCGCUCUACAAAUUGAUCAAAAGUAAAUGUGCAAAAAAUAGCAAAUUUUUCCAAAACAAACCACAUAAUUUUACAUUCCACAUCACUUCAUGGACACUUAGGGGAGAAUGUAUUCAUAUUUUUUUUGGCAAGUACAUAUCCCUAAUGAUGCUGUCUGGUUAAUCUGCGAAGAGUUGAACAUUGUGCAGCCUGCAUGCUUUUCUCUCUGGGAUCAUGAACAGCUGCUUGCUCAUAAUUAUGUUGUCAUUCAUUGUUAUUAAGGGGAGGAAACUCGUAGUGACAGCUAGUUUUUUUCUUCUUCAUGUUUCUGCACACUGUAUAUCUAUACCUGCUCGUGGGCACAGUAAUGAGAAUUGUUUAAGAUAACCACAUAUAUGCUCUAGGGCAUUUUUGCCAUCAUUUGAAGUAGAAUAUGAGAUAUAAGUGCCACUUUCCUCCAUGAAACAUUGGGUACUUGAGGAAGAAGAUUUGAAAUAAAUUCAAGCCCUCCAAAAAAAUGAAAGGACACACACACACGCACACACACACACAUAAAAAAAAAGGAUAUGGAUUGAGAGACGGAGAAGUAGCAGGCUGAUUACAAGGUGUCAAAAUUGCCAGGAGCAAGAAGGUGAAAGCAAUCAGGGGUGAGAAGAGUGCAGCAUUCGUGAGGGGCAACUAAUUAUCCAUCUCAUUUGUGGAGAGAGGCAUUUGAGGCAGCUCGAGCCCACUGAAUGGUGACAGAUUGGUGCGGAGGAGAGGGGAGGUGUUAGAACAAUGGAGUCCAGCUCACCAUCAUUACUGCAUGCUAAUCAGCAGUGCUUCUGCACCACCAGUCGCUGUUGCACAGAGUUCGGGGUGGCAGGGAAGUCAGCGGCUUCAGGGGACUGUAGUCGUCCUCAAGCAGACAGAGAGAGGGCGGAAAGGGGAUGAGCAGUACAGCCGUCGGCACUCUUACCUCAGCUUAUGGUAUCCUGUAGGUGAUCCUGUAAAGAAGCUGAUCUCUGUAGCCUGCAGACACAGCUUGUGCUUGCAAGAUGAGCUGAUGCUACUGGAGUGUUUCUAAGAGGAUUGAGUUCUAUAUAGGGGUUUAAUUAAUCAAGGUUUCAAGUUCAAUUAUAAUUUUUGCUUCCCAUGAUCAUGAAAACAUUUAAUGUAAUCAAGAUUAAAUUUACUUUACUGUGCCGCAUGCCAUGUUGCCCUUGUUUUCUCCAUAGGUUUUGUCAUGUGUGGUGUUUCAAAGUGUUUGGUGUGCCACCACUACCUCAAUUGUUUGGUAUUAUUUUAAUAUAUAUAUUUUUCCACUUG